UAUGUGGCUCUGUUAAUUUAUUUCAAUCCCCAAAAUUUCUCCAAUUGCUCGCCGGAAAAAAUGCACUCCGACGAUCAUAUUCCCAUCCAAAACAACACCAAUGGCCGGCAGCGAUUCGAGCGGCACCAUACGGCCCGUUACUACUUCCACCGGGUUCAAGAUAGCCUCACCACUAGGAUCUCCAAGCUAGUAUGUGCCAUAUUUCUUACACUGCUACUCAUUGUGGCCAUAAUUACCUUCAUUCUGUGGCUAAGUUUACGCCCGCACCGGCCCAGGUUCCACGUCCAUGACUUUUCGAUCCCGGGCCUGUCCCAACCAAGCGGGUUCGGAAAUGCUCAAGUAAUCUUCAAUGUCACGGCCCGUAACCCGAACCAGAACGUUGGAUUCUACUAUGAUGUGAUGCUGGUGGCCCUGUACUAUCAGGGCCAAAACAUUGGUGGGGCAACCUUGUUGUUUCCAUUUACUCAGGGGCCGAAAAAUACUACGGUGCUCUACGGCGUACUGAUCAACGGGGCCACAUUGACCGUGAACAACCAGCGUUGGAUGCAAUUUCAGGCCGAUCUUGGAAAAGGGGCGGUGGUUUUUCGGUUUGAUGUAACGUCCACCAUCCGAUUUAAGAUUUCCACGUGGUAUAGCCGGCGCCACAAGAUGCACGCCAAUUGUGAGGUCGGGGUGGGCCGGGACGGUUCGAUCCUGGCCAGUUACAGGGAGAAGCGAUGCCCAGAAUAUUUUACCUGAUCAUGAUUGGUAAACAUUAUUCAGUUUGUGUAUCCAUUGUACGAUUUUUGUUAUGCAAUUCGGGUUUGGAAUAUUUGUUUUGUAAAAUCAGUUUCCUAGGCCAUAAUGACCUUACUGCCUCUCUCAUCUCUUCUAAAUUCGAGCAAAUGAAUCCC